GUCCAAAAACUUACAGUUUUAGUUCAACAACAGAUUCCAGUGCUGCUGCAAAUCUAGAUAAAUCUGUUCUUAAGGUAAUGAUAAAUGGUAAUUUGGAGAAAAGGAUUAUUGAUGUAAUCAAUGACCAUAAAAACCAAAAUGAUGACAAAGGAAUGAUUUCCAAAAGACUUACUGCUAAGAAGCUACAGGAUGUAUACAUGGCUUUGCAAAGAUUCACUUUUAAAACUGAGCACAUUGAAGAAGCCAUGAAGAAUACACUUUUAUAUGGUGGUGAUCUUCACUCUGCACUUGACUGGCUUUGUUUAAACCUUCCUGACGAUGCCUUGCCUGAAGGUUUUAGCCAGCAGUUGGAAGAACAGCAGCAGAAACCUAGAGCAAAAUUUUGUUCUCCUGUGUCACAACGUGAACCUCCACCUCGCUUAGCAGAUAACAAAAAGAAAGAAAAUGGCCCUGAAGCUAAGGAGACAAAUGUGGGGAAAGAGAGAGAAGUGAGCAUGAAGGAAUGGAUUUUGCGGUACGCCGAGCAACAGAGUGAUGAAGAGAAGAACGAGUCUGUGAAAGAGACAGAUGAAGAAAAGUUUGAUCCAAACGAGAGGUAUGUACAUCUGGCUGCCAAGCUUUCAGAAGCAAAAGAACAAGCAAGCAUCUCCAAGCAAGACAAAGACAAGCAAGGCCAGAAGGUAGCACAGGAGAAAAUAAGAAGAAUUCAGCAAGAAAUGGCAAUACUUGAAGAACAUCCAGUAUUUAAUCCAGCUGUAAAGAUUUCAAACCAACCACAAAGUGAAAAGAAAAAAACUCCCUCACCUCAGCCUCAAGAAACCACCUUGAAUUUGAGCUUGCUUGAAAAACCCGAUGGUGCUGCAAAGGAAGAAAAAGUGAAAAAGAAAGAACCGCUAGAUGUAAGAAAUUUUGAUUAUAGUGCUCGAAGCUGGACUGGUAAAUCUCCGAAACAAUUUUUGAUUGACUGGUGCAGGAAGAAUUUUCCCAAGAGCCCAAAUCCUGCUUUUGAAAAGAUUCCAGUUGGAAAAUAUUGGAAAUGUAGGGUCAGGAUUACCAAAUCAGCAGAUGAUGUAAUGGCAAUGUGUCCUACAAUCGUAACAGAAGAUAGUAUGCAAGCACAACAUCUAGCUGCUACUUUGGCACUCUAUCAUUUAACCAAAGGACAAUCAGUUCAUCAGUUACUGCCUCCCACCUACCGAGAUGUCUGGCUUGAAUGGAGGGAUAUUGAAAAGAAAAAGGAAGAAGAAAACAAGAUGGAAACUAACAAACCUCGUGAUAACUUUAUUGCUCGAUUAUUAAACAAACUCAAACAACAGCAACAGCUACAAUCCGAAAACCAACCAAAAGUGUCUGAGGGUCCUGAAGAUUCCUGGGAAAACUUAGUUUCUGAUGAGGACUUCAGCAGUCUCUCGCUUGAGACCUCAGACACAGAUAAUUUGGAACCUUCAAGGAUUUUGUUCAAAAAGCUGCAGAGUUCCUCCAGAUACCAGAAGCUUCUGAAAGAGAGACAGGAGUUACCUGUGUUUAAGCACAGAUACUCGAUUGUAGAAACUCUUAAAAAACAUCGAGUAGUUGUUGUGGCUGGUGAAACAGGCAGUGGGAAGAGUACCCAGGUGCCUCAUUUCUUGUUAGAAGACUUGUUGCUGGAUGAAGGAUCAAAAAAAUGUAAUAUUGUUUGCACACAACCCCGAAGAAUCUCAGCAGUGAGUCUGGCAACCAGGGUUUGUGAAGAGCUAGGCUGUGAAUCAGGACCAGGAGGAAAAAAUUCCCUGUGUGGGUAUCAGAUUCGUAUGGAAUCAAGAACAGGAGAAGCCACCAGACUGCUGUACUGUACAACAGGUGUCCUGCUUCGGAAACUUCAAGAAGAUGGUCUUCUUUCAAGUAUAUCUCAUGUUAUUGUAGAUGAGGUACAUGAAAGAAGUGUCCAGUCUGAUUUCUUGCUGGUUAUUCUAAAGGAGAUACUGCACAAGCGUUCAGACCUGCAUCUCAUUUUAAUGAGUGCUACUGUAGACAGUGAAAAGUUUUCCAGCUAUUUCUCACACUGCCCCAUUUUAAGGAUCUCAGGGAGGAGUUACCCUGUUGAGAUUUUCCAUGUUGAAGAUGUAAUUGAAGCAACUGGCUAUGUUCUGGAGAAAGACUCUGAAUAUUGUCAGAAGUUCUUGGAGGAGGAGGAGGAAGUAACAAUAAAUGUUACUAGCAAAGGAGGAGGUACUACAAAGUAUCAGGAGUAUGUCCCAAUCCAGUCUGGAUCUGGUAUCGAUUUGGCGCCUUACUAUGCGAAGUAUAGCAGUCGUACACAGCAGGCUGUCUUCUAUAUGAACCCUUACAAGAUCAAUCUUGAACUUAUUUUGGAAUUGCUUGCAUACUUAGAUAGAAGUCCCCAGUUCAAGAACAUUGAGGGUGCUGUGCUGAUCUUUUUACCAGGCCUUGCCCAUAUCCAACAGCUGUAUGAUCUCAUUUCAACUGACAGGAGAUUUAACUUACGUGACAGGCACAGGUUGAUAGCUUUGCAUUCUGUUCUUUCAACUCAAGAUCAAGCAGCUGCAUUUACAAUACCUCCCCUUGGUAUUAGAAAGAUUGUUUUGGCAACCAAUAUAGCAGAGACAGGUAUUACAAUACCGGACGUCGUCUUUGUAAUUGAUACUGGGAGAACAAAAGAAAAUAGGUAUCACGAAAGUAGUCAGAUGAGUUCCCUGGAAGAGACAUUUGUCAGUAGAGCUAGUGCUCUGCAGCGACAAGGAAGAGCUGGGCGUGUUAGGGAUGGAUUCUGCUUCCGAAUGUACACAAGAGACAGGUUUGAAAGUUUCAUGGAAUAUUCUGUUCCAGAAAUACUGCGUGUGCCUUUGGAGGAAUUAUGCCUUCAUAUUAUGAAGUGCAAUCUUGGCUCUCCUGAAGAUUUUCUUUCCAGAGCACUAGACCCACCCCAGCAGCAAGUAAUUGGUAAUGCAAUGAACCUAUUGAGGAAGAUUGGGGCUUGUGUGUUAAAUGAGUCCAAGCUGACUCCAUUGGGCCAGCACCUUGCAGCCCUUCCUGUCAAUGUAAAGAUUGGCAAAAUGCUUAUAUUUGGUGCUAUAUUUGGCUGCUUGGAUCCUGUGGCGACUCUGGCUGCUGUUAUGACAGAAAAAUCCCCAUUUACUACACCAAUUGGUCGAAAAGAUGAAGCAGAUCUUGCAAAAUCAACUCUAGCAAUGGCCGUUUCAGACCAUAUAACAAUCUAUAACGCUUAUCUGGGGUGGAAAAGGGCUCGACAAGAAGGGGGAUAUCGUGCUGAAAUGACUUACUGCAGAAGGAAUUUCCUCAAUAGGACUUCACUGUUAACUCUGGAGGAUGUGAAGCAAGAGCUCAUAAGGGUAGUCAGAGCAGCAGGGUUCACAGCACCUACAACGCAAUGUGGAUGGGAUGGAAAUGGAGCCACACAGUCCCUUUCUCUUCAUGAAAUAGCACUUCUUAAAGCUGUGUUGACUGCAGGGCUGUAUGACAACAUAGGAAAAAUAAUAUAUACAAAGUCUGUGGAUGUUACAGAGAAGCUGGCUUGCAUGGUAGAAACUGCUCAGGGUAAAGCACAAGUGCAUCCCUCCUCUGUAAAUCGAGACUUGCAGACGUAUGGAUGGCUCCUUUACCAAGAGAAGGUGAGGUACACCAAAGUGUAUUUGAGAGAGACUACUUUAAUAUCCCCCUUUCCCAUUUUGCUUUUUGGUGGGGAUAUAGAAGUCCAGCAUCGGGAGCGUCUCCUGACAGUUGAUGGCUGGAUCCAUUUUCAGGCUCCUGUAAAGAUAGCAGUAAUUUUCAAACAGCUGAGAGUUCUCAUUGAGUCUGUUUUAAAGAAAAAGCUUGAAAAUCCCAAAAUGUCACUUGAAGAUGACAAGGUCUUACACAUCAUCAAAGAACUGAUAAAAACAGAGAACG